AUGACUCGAACCCUCUCCUUCCUCCUUUGGGUCAUCCUCGCCGUUGUCCAUCUUGGACAGGCGCAGGUUGGCUACAACCCGAAAACAAACACCCUUCUCUGCUCGAAGCCAGGAGGACAUUAUUGCCUCGAAGGACCUCUGAGGAGUCCUAUCAUGAUGUCUUGCCUGUCUAACACGGAUGCUGAGAUACGUUCUUGCAAUAUUGAACUCUCGGAAAUUCUUCCUGGGGGUUAUGAAGAAACUGCUGUCUGUUACGAAUCAUCUCCCAGUGCCGGCGAUGCCGUCUGUGCUUUCAACGGAACAGGAUACGCCUUCGACGGCUCUCGAGUCAAGCUUGACGAGACCGUUUUGUGUGAUGUACCUGUCCAUCUCUUAUCGAAGAGAGACAGCUCACAUCAAGAAGAUCACGCGACGCCAACCACCACCAUAACGGUCACCGUCUGGGAUAGGACUCAUACGCAAGUCGAGACUCAGAUCUCGCCCAUUGAUGCUACUACGUCAGCUUAUUCAAGCUCCUGGCCGGAAAAUGGAUAUACCACGACAGUCUUGUCUGAUAGUUCUAGUUUUAGCAUUACGGAGUUCGAGACAUCGCCAGUUGAUUCUACAACGCCUAUUUGCUCGAACCCGUGGCCUGAGAAUGGACAUAUAGCAACUGCUGUCACAGUUAUGCCCGGAGAUCCUAGUCCUAUUCCCAGCGCUAGCUCCACGGAGUCGGAGGCAGAGGAUAUAGACAAUGAAGAAACCAUGCCAGCAUUCCAACCCCAUAUUUUCGUGGAAACUUCGAUCGAGACUGAAUCCCGAGACGACUCCCUAUACCCUACAAUCAUAAUGGCGAUCGUAACCGAAGCACAGACCGAGACUGAUUCUAGCACCAUGCCAAUCGACGAACUACCACUAGAAGACGAAUUCGAACCGUUGAUUUUCGAGCACUCCGAGUCUGAAUCCGAGCGCCCUUGGAUGAUAGUCUCGGAGGCGGAAAGCUUUACAACGCAGUCAGGGGUGGAAUUUACGGAAACUGUUCUAUUGCUCACGAACAAACCCACACUAGCUCGUGGGAUGGUUACGGAAACACGAACUACAACUGUUUUUGCUGACCCAGCAGCAACACAAGCAAUCUUCACAUCUUCCGGAUCUGAAUCCGAGCGCCCGUGGAUCAUCAUUGACGAAGUAGAAAGUGUGAUCACGUCGUUGGGACAGGAGCUGACAGGGACUAUUUUAUUGCUUGGUAAUGAGCCCACGGCUGCAACUACGGCUCAUGCUACAAUCCAAACCAAAGCCCUGCCCCUGGUGAGCUACUCACUCCCCGACCCUAAAUCCGGCGAAGAUCCUUGGGUUACGUUCUCGCAAAUCGAAAGCGUGGUAACUCACUCUGGUCGUGCGAUGACCUUUACUGAUCUGGUGCCUAUCGGAUCCACGACCAGAACUGCAUCUCGGGAGGAAGAAAUUGGAAUAAGCACGAGGUCGGGAAAGCUUGUCUUGUCUUCGGUGUCUGAGACUUGGACGGGCGUUAACCUUGACAGGCCGAGUCAGACCAUGGGUGCCACGGCCACGGGUGGUGCGAAUGUCUUGGGCUUGAAUGCGAGCCGGUUGAUGCUCCUCUGGCUGAUGGGAAUGGCUUGGUCCUUGGUUGUUGGGGUUUGA